UGCAACUUCGUUUUGGCGUUUUGCUACUAGAACAUUGUACUCCACUGAAUUGAAAUGGUAAAUAAUAUUGUGUCGGAAAAGAUUUUGUUCAACAUGAACAACAUAAUUUUUUGUCUAAUAUUUUCCAUUGUUCCUUCAACUACAUUUGGAGGAAGUAAUGAACAUUUUUUGCCCCACAAUUUAUUGAAUGGCAAUUUAAAAAUACCGACUUCGAAAAGUAAUUUUUUACUUUUGAAGAACAUGUUCGAAGUUAUGUAUUUCAAUGAACUAAGGGCGGGCAUUAUACAGGCCCAAAUGAAUAAUUAUACCGAUCAAAUUCUGGGAAACGUGAAGAAGCUAAUAGUUGAGGCCGGAUUGGAUCCAAUGGAAUUGUCCCAAGAAGUGCUGGGACUUCCCCCCCUUGGGUCAGUUACUUUAUCUAACGGAUGGCUCCAGGAAACCUCCACAAUCUCAAGAUACAACGAUGUGAUCAUCUCAUACAAUUCAGAAACAAAAAUAAUGCAAUUAACGUUGCCACUAUCUUUUAAAACGCUGUUGGCAACCUAUGAUUACCACGCCCAAGCUUUGCUGUUGGGCGUUUCGGGAAAAGUUAACGUUAAAAUUACGAAUGCCAGAAUGGACUUGACUAUGGGCUUUAAUUUCAAAACAUACCAUGCUUUUGUGGACAAAGCCGACGUAAGGGACACGGGGUCGAUUAGUCUUCAGUUCACUGGUAAUGGUCUCGUGGAUUGGUUAAUCGACCUUAUGAGCGGAGUAAUAACCACAUUUUUCAAAGGAAUAAUCCUUACUAUUGUCGAUCUGGUCAUCGCGCACCCGAUUCAGGACGCUGUCGGACAAAUCAAUGACGUCAUCGACAGUAUAUUACACCCGGAGGUACCACCCAAUAUGGUUUAUACUUUAUAACUUAAAACACGUCGUGUUGCGUUAUUCAUAUUUUAAGUUUUAAAAAGUAUGUGUUGCAAAUAAUAAAGCAUUGUACCAACAAAUUCACUGCUUGCCAUGUGGGUGUUUCUUGUUUAAAAAAAAAUUCUAACUUAGGGCCCAUCCUUGCCGACAUUGCAUUUCGUUUUCAUUUGGAUCUCUUUUACUUAAGUUAAGUGUUAACGUCAAUCAGAAGAUUUGUAAACAGUAUUACAGCCACCCGUGGAAUUUUCCUUGAAAAAUAUUUGUACCUUUCUUUUCCGUCAGCCAUGGUAUAAUUUUCUGGCAGUGAUGUGAAGUUAACCAUAAUCUUACUUGUUCCUGGUCCUUCAGGUACGAAAUACAAAAGCUGUAAAUGUACAUGGUCGAUAACCGAAGAGUUUUAUGUGUUUCCAAAUAAAGUCAAUGUAAUUCAAGGUUUGGGUGUUUGGGAUUUCGAUGAGUGACCCGUGCGCUCGAUAAAUCACUACACAAAUUUCUUGAUAAACGAUUUUUUUUAAUUGAUGAAAAUAAAUUACAUUUUCUAAAGAAAACAAAGGACUAACAUUCUAUAAAUUAAUUAACAUAGCCCGGUAGAUGAAUGUUGACUCUUAACUCUUUUUCGCGACUUCUUGCCAGAGAGACUCAUCGAACUGUAUCCAACUAUUUUCGCCGGUCUGGAUCGGCAUCUGAUCAAAGCAUUCCAGGGGCCGGCGGCCUACGAUGGACUCGCGAAGCCGGGUCACUCGCCUACUAUGUUGCGUACAUAGUACCGAACAUUAGGUCUAGUGGAAAAAUAGACAAAAGAAAUACCUUGAAGAAAGUUUUACUUGGAUUUGUAUUGUAAGGCACAAUGUCCACUAUGUCCUCUAAAUUAUCGAUUUUUGGAGUGGAUCCUAUUAAAAUUGGACUUCAUCUUCCACAAAACAUUUCUACAUCAUAAUUUAAAUACAAUUAUAUACAUGUGCCAUCUUCCACAAAUAAUUAACACUGACGAAGGUAAAAUUAUUGUAAAAUGUGCCUGCCACCCUUCGAAAGUAGUAGGUGCACAAUAUAGAAUAUCUGUUACUGUGGACCUUUAUUCGUUGUUGAAAUUAAUGUAACUCAAAUGACUGGAAGUUGCCAUUUUGGCCCACAUUGGAAUUCUCUAAACUGCCGACGCCCUGCAGACGCACACGUGUUUUUUCGUGGUAUUUUUAUUAACUGGCGGCUGGUAAUAGUGAAAACUGGUACAUUUAGUGACUGCACCAACUUUCGAAUGCACACCGCGAGGUUUUUUUUAAUCAGUUAACAACAUUUUUGAGAUUUUAUGGUUAUCUUUUACAACUUCAAUUAAAAUUUUGCAAAAAUUUUUAUUUCUGCAAAAUAAAAAAAACACUUUUUUUGUAAUUGUUUUGAAAUCUCACUCAUUUUUUCCUUCUACUUUAACCGUGUUUUGUGUAAAAUUUCCGUUUGCAAGGAUAUUCCACUCAGGAAUUUGAAAAAUUAUCUUUUAGAAAAUACCUUAGUUUCUUAUAAACAUUAAUUAAUUAAGAAAUUAUCAAGUACGCAAUAUGGCGUCGGCUGCCGACGUCGGGGCGCCUAUGACCAAGUAAGUGUUACGUCAAAAUGCUUGUUAGGAUUUUUUGAAUUUGUUAAAAUUGUUGAAUACAUAUAAGUAGAAUAAUAUCUCCCUUCUUAGAACAAUUUAGAAAAAAAGAAUUAUUCUCAAUUAUAUAGGUGUUGCU